CAAAACCAUUUUUGAAGUUUUGAGAAAAUGGGGUCUCUAAUGGCCUCUGUUACUCUUACUCUUGUGUUGGCAAUACUGUCUCUAAGCUUGCCAUCUCAAACCUCUGCUGAUGAUAACUACCCUUAUUCAUCUCCUCCACCUACCCCUUACUACCACCACUCGCCACCACCAUACCAAUACUCACCACCCAAACAUCCUUAUCACUAUCCUUUACCACCACCAGUUUACAAGUACAAGUCACCACCACCGCCGGUUUAUAAGUACAAGUCUCCACCACCACCGGUUUAUAAGUACAAGUCUCCACCCCCACCGGUUUACAAAUAUAAGUCUCCACCACCACCGGUUUAUAAGUACAAGUCUCCACCGCCACCGGUUUACAAGUAUAAGUCUCCACCACCACCCUACAAGUAUCCUUCUCCGCCACCACCACCAUACAAGUACCCAUCUCCUCCACCCCCAGUUUACAAAUACAAGUCACCUCCACCACCCUACAAAUACCCUUCUCCUCCACCUCCUCCAUACAAGUACCCCUCUCCACCACCACCAGUUUACAAGUACAAGUCUCCUCCUCCUCCUUACAAGUACCCAUCUCCUCCACCACCACCAUACAAGUACCCUUCUCCUCCACCCCCAGCUUACUAUUACAAGUCUCCUCCACCACCAUACGUCUAUUCAUCACCACCUCCCCCUCACCACUACUAGACACGAUUUACUAUACCACCCCAUGGAUCUGAAGAAGAACGUGUGCAAAUAAAGGGGAUGGAUUGAUGGAAGGAAGAAGCACCAUAGGGUUUAUACAGUGAAGAGAGGAACGUGUUUUACGAAAGUUGUGUUUAUUUGGUUUCGCUUUCUUUUUUAUUUUGUAUUUUAAAUAUUCAAUGUUUUUAUGCACUGUUCUGAUCUGAUGAUCCACGUGGUCUUUGCCCAGUUAUUAUAUCAUAUAAUAAAUAAAUGCCCUGAUUUUUUUCA